AUGUCUGAAGGAACACUCGCAUCAGCCGUAGCUGUACCGGAGCAGGAAGCUCCAACUCAGUCGCCUGAGACAUCAACAAAACGAAGACAGUCUUCCGCCUCUGUGCAAGACUCAAAGCGCCGCCGUCUAAGCUCGCAAGGCGAUCUCUCUCCGAACGUGCGACGACCCCAGCAUUCGCCUGGUUCGCCAGUACGAGAGCGCCCAGCAGAACGAAGGCCCAUUCGUCAAGGCGGAGAAGAAGAUCGCAAACGUGGUCAGCGGCUAUUUGGCGGGCUGCUGGGCACUCUUUCGCAAAGCUCGAGCACGGCGGCGCAGAGGCGACGUGCUGAUAUAGAAAAGCGUCAGCAAGAGAAGCUGAAGUCGCAAGCAGACGAGUAUGACGGCCUGAAGAAGCGUCGCAGGGAGCGACGGGACAAGAUACGCCAAAGGAAACUCCGUUCUAUGAACGGGAGGCGGUACGCGAUUUCUUGA